AUGUCUGGACGCGUUCUCGCCCUCGUUCUCGCCGCCGCUUCGGCCGUGCCGGCCGUCCUAGCCGCCUCAGGCUCGGGCAGCUCAACCAGGUACUGGGAUUGCUGCAAGCCUUCCUGCGCCUGGUCCGGAAAGGCCAGCCUGAACCAAGGCCCCGUCCUCACCUGCGACAAGAACGACAACCCCAUCUCCAACCCCGACACCAAGAGCGGCUGCGACGGCGGCAGCGCCUUUGCCUGCUCCAACAACUCGCCCUGGGCCGUCAACGACCAGGUCGCCUACGGCUUUGCCGCCACCCACAUCGCGGGUGGAAACGAGGGCAGCUGGUGCUGCGCCUGCUACAAGUUGACCUUCACAUCCGGUCCCGUUGCCGGCAAGACCAUGGUCGUCCAGUCCACCAACACGGGCGGAGACCUCUCCGGCAACCAGUUCGACCUCCAGAUGCCCGGCGGCGGCGUCGGCAUCUUUGACGGGUGCGCUUCCCAGUUCGGCCAGAGCCUUCCCGGCGAGCGCUACGGCGGCAUCUCGUCCCGGUCGCAGUGCGAGAGCUUCCCCGCCACGCUCAAGGAAGGCUGCUACUGGAGGUUCGAUUGGUUCAAGAACGCCGACAACCCUACCCACACUUUCGAGCAGGUCCGGUGCCCCAGCGAGCUCGUUGCCCGCUCCGGCUGCCGCCGUGCCGACGACGGCAAUUUCCCCGCCUUCCAGCUGCCGGCGACCCCUGCCACAACCUCCACCAGCACCAGCUCUAGCAGCUCCACCUCGACCAAGCCCCCGACCAGCUCCACCUCGUCCCCGUCGACCGGCGGUGGUAGCGGUAGCGCGGCCCAGUGGGCCCAAUGUGGCGGCAUUGGCUGGACUGGCGCUACCGGUUGCGUUUCUCCCUACCAGUGCACGAAACUCAACGACUACUAUUCACAGUGCCUCUAA